AUGAAGAGGCGAAAACUGAGUAAGAAGGUCGCUGUUUCUACGCCCCAUACCAUCUCGAACACGGAGUAUUGGAGUGAUGAUGGUCAGAGUGAGGUUACCGAAUCUGGCUAUGACUCAGAGUCCUUUGCGCUAGAUAAAGAGCAUACCUUUACGUUGGAUGCUCAUUCUGCUGUUAAGACAUCUACACAGGAAAGUUCUUUUCUUUUACAUUUAGAAAAAAACUUAUCCGAUGAAGAGGUCGAGAGUCUUUCCAAAAAGAAAUGGAAGUACAGAUGGGAAGUGCCUUCUCUUGACUUGUCAAAUUGCAAGUGGGUGGGGACAGGAGAUUGUUGCCUAAAGACACAGGAUAUGUUGGACAGUUCUACUAGGGAUGUCAAACAAAGUUUGUAUAAGCAUUGGUUGGAAGUGUGCAAGCUGUAUGGAGGCAGAGAUUUUCCAGUGUCUAAGCAUGGUUCUUUCUUCAACAUCUUCAAUAGCUACAGGGAUGUAUUGCAUUGUAACAAGAAACCUUUCUAUCUCAAAGGUCACGGAGAAGAUUCUAACAUUAUGGACGCAUACCUCAUGCAUUCUUUGAAUCACAUUUUUAGAAGUAUAGAUCUUGUGAAAAAGAAUGAUACGAAAGUUGCCAAGCUUCAAGAAACUGCUGAAAGUGAGUUGCUUAUUGAUGAUGUUGUUCGUGAUCGCGGAUUCACUCGGCCAAAGGUUUUGAUCUUGUUGCCAAUUAGACACAUUGCACUUCGUGUUGUGAAGAGGCUGAUUCAAUUGACUCCUCAAGCUUCAAAGGUAAAUGUGGAGUUCAUGGAUCGAUUCCUUGAAGAGUUUGGAUAUCAAGAAGAUGAAGCCGAUUUGGACAAUGAAGAAUUGAAACUCAAAAUUGGAAAUUCAAAAUCUCAGAAGAUUUCUAAGCCAUCUGACUAUGAAGCACUUUUUGGUGGAAAUUCUGACGAUGAUUUUAUGAUUGGAAUUAAGUUUACUAGGAAAAGCAUAAGGUUUUAUAGUGACUUUUAUUCAUCGGACAUGAUUGUUGCUUCUCCACUUGCGUUGCGGGAGAAAAUUGACAAAGUUUGGGCCAAAAAGGAAGAGGAUUUUGAUUAUCUUUCUUCUAUUGAGGUCACCAUAGUUGAUCAUGCUGAUGUAAUAGCAAUGCAAAACUGGGAGCAUCUUGCUGUAGUUCUUGAACAAUCCAACCGCAUGCCCUCCAAGCAACACGGGACUGACAUCAUGCGCAUUAGAAAAUGGCAGCUGGAUGGGCAUGCCAGAUUUUACCGUCAAACAAUUGUAUUAGGUCAUUAUGUAAACCCAGAUAUCAAUUCUUCAUUCAAUAAUUGGUGUGUUAACUACCAAGGAAAAAUCAAGUCGGUAUGUGAGACUCAUAAAGGUGUUCUUCGUAAAGUCCUACCAGACCUAAGACAGAUCUACGAGCGAUUUGACGUGGGCUCAAUUGCAGAUAUCGAUGAUAUGCGCCUUGCUCAUUUCAUUAAUAAGGUUUUCCCGAAGAUCAAAGAUUCUGAAGAGGGAGGAAUCAUGAUAUUUAUCAGUUCUUAUUUCGAGUUUGUUAGAGUUCGUAACUUCCUGAAGUCUCAAAACGCAUCAUUUUGCCUGCUUGGAGACAACACUAAACCUAAAGAUGUGUCACGUGCGCGGAAUUGGUUCAUCCAGGGGAAGCAUAAAAUCAUGCUCUACACUGAAAGGCUUCUUUUCUUCCGCAGAUACAAGAUUCGUGGUGUGCGAGACUUGAUCAUCUAUUCACUUCCCGAAAGGAAAGAGUUAUAUCCUGAGGUUGUUAACAUGCUUGAAGGGGCCAACAACAGUAACAUGUCAUGCACUGCACUCUUUUCCAAGUUGGAUUGGUUGCGGCUGGAGAGAAUCGUAGGGACUGCUUCUGCAAAAAGGAUGGUAACGUCAGACAAGCCGGUGUUCGUGUUAUGUUGA